UAUAAAAUAAUCACAAAAGUUAACAUACGUAUUCGUAUUAUGUUACCAGUUUAUGUUGUAUUUAUGUCCAAUAUCAAGCAAGUACCUGGUUCGCAUGUUUAUACAUACUAAGCUCCGAGCUGAGCUUAUACACGAUUUGUUUGAGGCAAGGGACAUAUAAAAAUCUGCCAAGUUUACUAGCUAGUUAAACUUCUAUAUAAAGAUAUUGUGAGAUUUUAACACGCCAAUUUGGAUAACUUGUGUCAGGUGUUAUCUUAUGAUAUACGGAUAUGUCUGAUAUUGAAGCCGUCGGAAAAGAUAGCAGCGAGGAAAAGGACACAGGGUGUUCUGAUGAGCCAGUGAUUACUGUGGAGGAAACGCCAAGAGAACAAGGUGGUCCUGGCGAAGUGGAUGAUCAGGCGCAACAGAAAAGUGUUGAUGCCAAAGGACCUGUGUUUGAGAAGCCAUUUGCGAGUAGUACUCCUACACUGUCACCAGCCACCAGCUCUCGGGAUCUCUCCUCCAGUUACAGAUACAAGCGAUCAUACAACCCAAUGCCUUCAUACUCAUCAUCGUCAAGUAGGUGGCGGUCGGAGAGUGUUAUGGAUAGAAUUCAAGCCAGGGCGACGGCGAUUCUCGACCGCGAUAUGGCACUCGACCGAAAGGCGAAAUUGGAUGGCGCAAUGGAACCUACGUCAUACUCUGCAACUUAUGCCAAGGAUGAUGAUGUCGAAUAUGGUGGCCAUAGGCAUAGCUCUCGAUAUAAGCCACAGUACCGACUGGAUUCAAGAACAUAUCGGGACAGCACGACAGGCUCCAGCAGUUAUACACGACCAUCUUCGUAUAGUCGGAAGUAUUAUGCAGACGACAACGACACAGAGCAGACGUCCUCGACUUACAGCAGUAGAUAUCGAUCACGUGACACCGAUUACGCAUCUUCUGGCUCCAUCCGAAGUUCUCAUUCUUCUAUUGGAGGCUACUAUAAAUUGAAGUCAUUGUUGAACGAUGAGAAACCAAGCAUUACAAGGCGUGUUAAUACUUCUGAGAUCACCAACCCAAAACUCCGGGGAUAUUUGAAAGAAGUUGAGAACAUCGAUGCCAAAAUUGCUGCAGCUAUGCCGAGAGCGCAACGUGAGUACCCAGAGAGGAGCGACAUGUAUCUAGUCACAUAUAAAGAAAAAUACGUCCCAGUUAACGGAGCGGGGGUUACUGAAGCUGAAUUAGAGCCGAUCCGAAUUAAAUCCGAAAACGAGAACAUCACACCUUUGAUCAGUGAUCGGGGCUCACUUUACAAAGUAGGCAGCUCGGACGGUAUCUCCGAUCGAAGAGUCAGGUUUGGUGAAGAUGACAACAGCUCCACGGGAUCGAUCUACCUGGACUCUGUAAGGCAAUCUCUAAGCCGAGAAAGGGUCAGGACACCAGUCGCUGAUGAUGAUGGCGACGAAUACACGACAAAGCCCUUUAGAAGUCGUUUCCUUCAAGCGUCAAUGAAUGACACACGAACCGGUCGACCUCGAUCUAUGGCCACAGACGAUGAUGCAGACUCAGAUGACGAUUACUACAACUUUGGUAACUGUCGUGUGAACACUGAUCGCUACUAUAGACACAGGCGUAACAAUUACGAUGACCUUGAUUCGAUCAUGUAUCGCUAUGGGGCCUAUAACCCACGCGAAAACUACGCAGUUGAAGACACCGUGUCGGGAGUCAGUAGUUCCUACGCGAACAAUCUCGUCAAUCGGUAUAACAGGCAGAAGGAGCUCGGUGUAUACUACGAUCGUGAGCGUUCUGCUGAUGUAAAAGCGCCUUCUAUAUCAACAGGACCACACGACAUUCAUUCGAGAUGUUAUCAUGGAUCAACCGAUUUCGUUUUUGAAAAUCGAUACCGUUUACCGCAAACAACUAAAACCUCCAUGAGGAGCUCGAGAACGACUUACUAUCCGCCCGACGACGAAGACAACGAAAAAGACGCCUCUGUUAAAGAAACGAGAUUUAAAAUUCCACCUGUUGCUGUGGCAACGACCAGUAACACACCGACUAUUACCAUAACAACUGAUGACCAACAGGAUCGGACCAUGGAUGACGAUGGGAGCGAAGAGGAGAGUUUUACUAUAACAGAGACAAAGUUAGAACGUCCUAGCCAUGAAGAAUAAGUCCUUAAUUAUUUGACGAUGUGCUGGAAAUACUAAACCAUUGGAUUUUAUUCAAGUGUUGUAGUGUAUACACAGGGUUGGCAAAAAUGCCCACAUUUUUUUCAUUUUGCCAUACAUGCAUAUAUGGCAUCGUAACUGCGAUUUAGUCGCAAGUCAUCAUUCAUCAAAAAGUAGACAAUGGUUUUCUUGGAAUCGUAAAUUACGAUCGUACCAAAAACGAACUCCAGUAAAACAU